AUGGGGAAGAAGCAGACGCACUGCUUUGCGCCGGGGUGCUCAAGCGGCUAUGUUUCGACACGAACGAAGACACACGUGUCCUUGUUUGGUGUGCCUAAACAAGCAGAUCGCUUCCAAGCGUGGCAGCGCGCCGUUCCAAGAGCCGACAAAGAACUCGACGACAGGUCAGUCCUCUGUGAACUGCACUUUGACGAACGAUAUAUCGUACGCCACUUCACGCAUACAGUGAGGGGGGAGCUCGUUCAGAUCCCUCGCGACCGACCUAUCCUCACGGACGAUGCGGUACCUACAGUUUUCCCCAAUCUGCCGGCGUACCUCUCAAAGCCGCUGCCAAAGAAGCGCCGAACAAAAACAUCGUCUGAGGGCCUCCCUUCGAAAACACCUCGAGCUGACAUUGAAGGGUCAGAUUCUGCACCGCAGCUCAACGACGCUGACCUGCCGUGCACCAGCACGAGCGUUCUUCAAGGAGUGGACCUGCAAGACUGUGCACUUCCUAACAACUACUGGGGAAGCCAUCUGGUUUCAGGUGCCCCUGAGAUUGUUGUGUUCUCAGUGUGCGAGAUGGACGGAGGGACGGUAGGCUUGGAGCGGUCGGUUGUGUUCAACACGAGCAACGGGAUCUGCGCCCUCGUGAUCGUUCAGGGUGCAACUCUGAAGACGGUUCAAGUAGAGAACGAACAAGGAGCCGAAGACUUGCUUAGAGAAGUACAAGCGAUGAAAACCUGCAUGGGACUGGGAGAAGUGCAGGAUCUUGAUGAACUGCUUCGCGCGAAAUGUAAGCACCGGACAUUUGGACGCAAAGUAUUCAGUUUGAAGUGCACUGGCACUGUUCAGAGCCAGAACAGCAGAUGUGUGCAGUGCAGAUAUCUGCGCAAGCUGCUGCUGAAUGAACUUUCGCGCAAGCGGAGGAGUAUCAGGUACCCUGUCCAAGCAACAGCUCACAAGAUGCGGAUCAAGACGCUCAAGCUAAAGAGAGCAAGAGAAGCAGUUGCUGCCAUGAAGAAAAAACUGGCAGAAAUGAAAGUGAAAAACGCACAGGUUAGGCCAUCAACCCUGGAUGAAGAACUCAAGCGCUUGCCAAGCAUGCAACAACAGCAGGUGAGAGCUUGCCUUGAGGCCUCCAAGCGUAAAAGUACGUGUGGAAUGAAAUUCACAGAUGAAUGGGCACUCGAGUGCAUCAUCAUGCGGAUGAAGAGCCCUCGUCUGUACGAGCACCUUCGCAAACAAAAGACGCUCGUCCUGCCGGGGCGUACUUGCCUCCGCACAUACACUCGUGCGUACAGGGGUGGAUUUGGCCUUAACAUAAACAUGUUCCGUUGCCUUGCUGAAAAAACAAAAACCAUUGACAACUCCAUGUGCCACGGCGGGUUGCUCAUUGACGAGAUUAAGCUUUCUGAGCACCUGAGUGUAGGACGAGGUGGCAAGCUUGAAGGGUUUGUGGACUUGGCCGACUACACCACCGAGAAGGAAAAGCAUCUCAUGUGCGACCAUGGGCUGGUUCUGCUAUUUCAGCCGUUUGGUGGAAAGUGGCAUCAGAUCUUGGGUGUCUUUGGGUCGCGAUCUAAUGUAAAAGCCGAAAUGCUCGCACGUAUCAUUGUAGAUGCUAUUCUGAUGACUGAGAAAGCUGGGCUUUUCAUUGACUUUGUGACAUGUGACGCUGCUGCAUGGAACAGGCGUAUGUGGAAAAUAUUUGGAAUUAAAGCAACGUCAACAAAAGUCGUCUGCAAGACGGAGCAUCCUGCAGACCCCAGCAGAAAGCUGCACUUCAUUUCGGAUUUUCCGCACCUGGUGAAGUGCUCGAGAAACAACAUGCUGAUUGCAGGGUUUCGCACACCAGAAGGAUGAGUUCUAGUAGAGCACAUCGAAGAAGCCUGGAAGUGUGACAACAAGAGCCUCACACCACUGAGAGCCAUGCCACGCGUCACAAAACCGGUGCUACACCCGAACGGAUUCGAGAAAAUGAGCGUCAGCCACGCCAUCCGCCUAUACAGCGACGAGGUAGUCCGGGGCCUUUACCUGUACAAGCAAGAAGUAGAGGGCAGGUUUGGUACCACAACAGCAACAGAAUGCUUUGUCAAGAAGAUGAGAGACCUUAUCAGUGUAAUGACAUCUCGCCGCAGCAAGGACGCCUUAAGGCCUGGGUCAAGAAAGGAGGCUGUGCUGCAAGAAUUUCUCGAUUACCUCAACACAUGGGAGGCAUCGGCAGGAACGCAAGGGCAGGGCUUCCUCAGUCGCAGCACCGCCGAAGGACUUCGUGUUACGCUUUCAAGCACGCUUUCUCUCUUGGAUUACGUGACAGGAGAGUUGGGGUACAGGUACCUUCUGACAUCACGACUUAGUCAAGAUCCCAUCGAAAACCUCUUCGGGAUCCUUCGUCAGAUGUCGGGAUGUAAUGACCAUCCAACACCUUCACAGUUUCUCGUCUCUGUAAACUGCCUGACAUUCGCCAACCUUGCAAAAUCGCCAACAGGAGGGAAUGUCACAGGAAGCACCCUGAGGAGCCUUCUUAACCCAAGCAACGCACAAGACGCUCAGAGACGAGUCGAUGACCUCCUUGACCUUGGCAACCUUCAGGAAGCCAAAGCCACGCUGGAUGCUUGUGGCAUCGUUACCGACCAGCUGUCCCUCACACGUGAACGAAGUGACUCGCGCCUGGUGUUCUACAUUGCAGGGUAUGUAGCACGCAAGUGCAUACGCAAGACAAACUGCAGAGAAUGCACUGAACGGCUGCUCCAGGAAUCUGCAGCAGCACCCAAGGAAGCAUGCCUGACGAGUGCUGUAAACCGGGGUGGACUUCUUUACCCAUCCGCAGCUCUGAACCUGUUAGUGAUGUCUCUGGAAAAUGCAUUCACAGCUUGCUUUAGUUCCCGAGAACUUGGACCGGACAGCAUCCUCGAUGUGUGCUCUUUUUUGCAAGCAUGCUCACUGGGCUCUGUUGGCUGCACUACACACAGCACCACAUUGACAAACAUGAUCAUUAAGUUUUUCAUCUUAACAAGGUUGCACUUCCUUGUCGCCACAAAGAAUGCAAGUCGGCAGGAGAGCCGGGAAAGAAAAAAACACUUAAAGAUCAGGCGUGUGCUGUAAAAGCUAGUAUCGAGUUUGUUGCUAGUUGGCAUUAUUGCAUUUCUUUUUGAGUUUUUAUGAAAGGCACUCCGUUUGUGACCACUGAAAUGCUUACAUAGUUCUGUUGUAGAAACCCUGAUUUAUGAGACUGACUGCUGGCUCAUGUUUGUGCUGUUGGGAAGAUGUUCACUACCCUGUUUUGAGUUUCGUGCUUAUUAAAGUGUUCAUGCAUUCUUUGGA